AUGAAUUUUUAAUUCACUGAAGAUUAUGAUGAUUAUUAAUUCGAAACACAUAGAUUCUUGAACUAAAUAUAUGAUAAUUAAUAUUAUUCUCACAGUUCUGAAAACUCAAAAGAAUCAUCUUCUGAAAAUUCAAAUUAAAGUUUUAUUUUUGAAAUAUAUCAAGAGAAUUCUCCCAAAAUUAGUGGCAAACCAUAUUUUUAAAGGGAUGAAAAUCCUGAGAUAAAUUUGAAUAAACUUAAGUGUUAAUAAUAGCUUUUUUAAGCAAGUCUACCAAAAAAUUCAAUAAUAAUGAAGUUUGAAAAAUUCACAUAAAAAGUAUUUAUUAGAAAGGUUUUAAAUCAUAAAGAAAUAAAUAUGAGUUAAUUUAAUAAUUUUUUGGACAACUUAGCAUAAUAAAAAUAGUCAUUUACCCCUGAAAUCAUUAAAUUAGAUAAGAAAGAAAUGGCUAAUAAAAAUACUUGCUCAUUCAUGUAAUAAGCGGGUAUUGCUGAUUUUUUUUAAAUAAAGUCAUAUAUGAAAGCAUUUCGAAAUCAGUAUGAGAAUGCCAACGAAUAAAUAUGGGAGUUUUUGUAGUACAGUUUUUGUUAACUAAACGAAAAAUUAAAUCAAAUGCAUUAGUUAAAGAUUGUGCAUGGAGAUAUCAAACCUUAAAAUAUUAUUUUAUCUAAAGAAGGAUCUUGCUAUUUUAUAGAUUUUGAUGCAUCUAUCUAAAUUAAUGACAAUGAUAUUUAACCUAGUUUUAUCUCUGAUCACUUAAAACACAAAACUUCUUUUUAUAACAACUAAUAACUAAUAAAUCUAAUUUAGAAUAGUAAGAAUUAUAAUUUUUUCACUAAUAUUUACGUAUUAUAUUUGAUAGACCGUAUGCAACUCCAUCUAACUUUCAUUUAUCUGAUUUGCUAAUCAGAACUAUUUUUGGAAUUAUUUGAAAAGAAAGAAAUUAAGUAGAUAUUAUAAAAUUUAUAAAAAUAUUAUUAUUCUACUUAAAAAAAUAAAGAAUAAGAUGAUCAAUAAUAAUUGAUAGAAAUAGAUUAAAAUUAAUCAGUAGAGAUUAAUGGUUAUUAAGAUUUUAAAUAACCAAAAUAAAAUAUUCAAUGUAGCAGCAUAGCUUCGUAGAAUUCAAAAUCAACUUCGUAUUUGAAGCAACAAUUUAUUUUAGUUGAUGAGUAAAUGCCUUUAUAUUAAUCUUAUGAAGAAUUUGUAUCCUAUUUAUUUAAUUAAUACUUAAUUAUAGAGGAAACUUUGUUAGCAGAAUUUGAUUAAUAUAAAAGUAAUUCACAAAGAAUUAAAGAACUUUUCAAUUAAAACUAAAAAUUGAAAUAUGCAAGCAAUUACAAUUAAGAAAAUCUAUUCAGAUAAUUUGUUACCGGUUAUUAAAUAAAUCUAAUAUAAAAAGAUGAAAUUGAAGUUAUAAGUUUGAAUAGAAUAUUUUCAUUUUGGCUAAACUACACCGAAUAGAUUUUCAAUUUUAAUGAAAAUUUAGUCAUAAAUGAGCUUAUAAAUUUAGGUGUUUUAGAUAGACUAAAACUUAAAUUAAAGGAAUUUUGCUUUGAGAAAUUUGAAAAAGCAGAAGAAAAUAGGCUAAAUAGUGCUUUAUUUUAUUUAUACAGACAAUAAUUCUAAGAAAAUAACACUCAUCAAUAUGAUUUAAACAAUAAUUUGGAAUUAAACAACUUUAUUCAAGCCCUCUAUCUAAAUCCUCAAAUGGCAAAAAUGUCAAUCAAUGUAUCUAAAUAACACCAAAUGGAUACUUCUCUAAUUAAGAAGCUACUCUAAACACUUUAAUUCUUACCAAAUCUAAAAACAUUAAAAUUGUCUCUGAUUAACUAGAAUGUUGACAAUUUGUUCAAUUAUAUAGACAAACUAUUCUAAAAAUUAGAACAAUUUAAAAUAGAAGUAUCCACAAUCAGUGAAAUAAACCACCUAAAUUUAUAUGGAUUCCCAAUAUACAGUUUAAAAUAUCUCAAUAUUUCCUUCUUGUCAUCUAAUAUUACUGACAAUUAACUAAUAAAUAUCACAAAUAUACUCCAAUACUGUUAGCUUGAAACUAUCAAAUUAAAUCUUUCUAAUUGUUAGUCAAUCACAGAUAAUUGCAUUUCUGAAAUAUUUUCUUCUUUUAGCUUAAUUUAAACCCUAAAAUCGCUUAAUUUGGUUCUUCGUUUAUGUUGCUAAUUAACUUAAUAAUCUAUCAAUAGUCUUAUUGAUCAUCUCAAGUAAAAUAGAAGUGUAGACAUUGAAAUUGAUUUCUCUGAUUGUAGUAAAAUACUACCAAACAAUUUCGAUGAUUUAUUGAAUUACAUAAACACUCGCAGCAAAAUAAGCUACAACCUUUGCAUUAAAUAUAACUUUUUAGUAGGUAAUAAAGAGUUUAAGUAAAGGACAUAGAAAAUUUCCUAAAUAUUUGAAAAAAUUAAAUUUAAAUAAACACGCACGCACUGA